AUGGGUGAAGGUCUUCAGAUUCCUAACUUUCCUCCCGUUUUACUGGGCUUCAGCGUAGCCUAUGUAGUGGGUUACGGUGAAGUCGUGCCACAGCUAGCUCUCGUUGGUGACGCGUUCUUCGUCUUUGGUCGUAUCUUUAUCGGAGGUCCUGGGUUUGCGACUAUUGCCGAUGCGUCCUUCUGGGGUGCCUCACUAGUCUUCUU